CAUUCCCGUGUGCCACUGGAACGCGUUACCGACGGCAGAUUUCCAGCUUGAUCGUAUAUUGCAAAAAUGAAAACGAUUUGGUGUUUAGGAGGCAAAACUGCGAAAACUACUAGAUAUCUGGAACUCCAACACCUGGAGUGUACCUUUGCGGACAGAAGAAAAUGCCAUUCAAGUUUUGGGGAUAAUUGAUUUCCUCGCGAGUUUAUUGGAUAAAUUCAUGAGGAUGUCCGGGAACUCGUCCUUCUUGUUGACAACGUCGACAGCUCCUCCCACAGGCUUCCUGCGCAACUCCUCCCUAGACCUGCCGCCUCUCCGUCAGACUCCGCCCCCCGACUGGGAGGUGCCGACCUUCACACAGGCGGCGCAGUUCCGCGUGGUGGCCACGCUAGUCCUCUUUGCGUUCGCCGCUGUCAGCAACCUCUCGGUGCUGGCCAGUGUGGUGCUGGGGCGGGGCCGGCGUCUGGCGGCCCACCUGCGGCCGCUGAUCGCCAGCCUGGCGGCGGCGGACCUGAUGAUGACGUUCGUGGUGAUGCCGCUGGACGCGGCGUGGAAUGUGACAGUGCAGUGGCGGGCGGGCAACGCCGCCUGCAAGCUGCUCUGCUUCCUCAAGCUGUUCGCCAUGCACUCGGCAGCCUUCAUCCUGGUGGUGAUCAGCCUGGACCGCCACCGCGCCAUCCUGCGCCCCUUCGACGUGCUCGAUGCCAGACGCCGCAACAGGCGCAUGCUGCUGUUGGCCUGGGCACUCAGCUUGCUGCUGGCGUCUCCGCAGUUGUUCAUUUUCCGAGCAAUCAAGGCAGAGGGCGUGGACUUCAUCCAGUGCGUGACCCACGGGAGCUUCCAGAAGCGCUGGCAGGAGACUGUGUACAACAUGUUCCACUUCGUCACACUCUACGUGGUCCCCCUGCUGGUCAUGAGUUGCUGCUACACCCGCAUUCUCAUGGAGAUCAGCCGGCAGAUGCGCAAAAGCAAAGACGGAGAGGGGUGUCUGAGGCGCAGUGGGACAGACACCAUCCCCAAAGCUCGGAUGAAGACGCUGAAGAUGACCAUCAUCAUCGUGGUGUCCUUCGUGGUGUGCUGGACGCCGUACUACCUGCUGGGGAUCUGGUACUGGUUCCACCCGCAGAUGCUGCUUGUCACGCCUGAGUACGUUCACCACGUCUUCUUCGUCUUCGGCAACCUCAACACCUGCUGCGACCCGAUCAUAUACGGUCUGUACACCCCGUCCUUCCGGGCCGACCUGGCGGCCUGCUGCUGCCGCCGUCACCACGACUCCUCCCCCAAAUCACUGGACUGUCUCUCCUCCACCCACCGGGGCCCCCCCAUCGCCAAGAUGGAGCACGACGCCCCCAGUGGUGACCAGGCCAACGGCACUCGUGGGUAGACAGCUCGCACGCUUCCUGUGCCUUUGCUGGUGCAGACUGGGGAACUUCCUGUCUCUGAUGUGCAGAUACAUGUGCCUGAGCUGUGGAUGCACCCUGAGAUUUAAUUACACACUUCCGGUGCCGCAUUGCACCCUGGGAUUGAAUCAGACACUUCCCGUGCUGCAUUGCACCCUGGGAUUAAUUCACACUUCCUGUGCUCCACUGCACCCUGGGAUUGAUUCAGAUGUUUCCUGUGCUGCAUUGAACCCUGGGAUUGGGUCAGACACUUCAUGUGCCGCAUUGCAUCCUGGAAUUGAGUCAGACACUUCCUGUGUCACAUUGCACUCUGGGAUUCAUUGAAAAACUUCCUGUGUUGCAUUGCAGCCUAGGAUUGAUUGAGAUACUUCCCAUGCUGCAUUGAACUCUGGGAUUGAGUCAGGUGUUUCUUGUGCCGCACUGCACCCUGGGAUUGAUUGAGACACUUCCUGUGCUGCAUUACACCCUGGGCUUGAAUCCGACGCUUCCUGUGCUGCAUUGCACCCAGGGAUUGAAUCCGACAUUCAGAUUGAUUUAAUGAUUUCAGAGAUGAAUAUUUUGAGAUCCAAAUAUCUCUCACCCAAAGAGUGUGACAGAGACUUCUUGUUCCGCACUGCAAACUGGGAUUGGUAUGGACACUUUCUGUGGAUUAGAGCUUGAAAACACAGAUAAACCCCCUCCCUUCUCCACAAAUGCCCCCUUACCCCCAUUUCAGCUCUCCUUGAUUGAUGUCCUGAAUCAACCGGACAGCUCUGUUUUAAAAGAGCAUAACUGCAUGUUUUAAAAUGAGAGAGUAAUAAGCGGCUGUGCAUUCUUGAUGUUUAUGCCAUACACAGUUGAUGGGCCGUUGCCCCGGUAACGGCUCCAGGAGAGGCAGUGUGCGGCACACCUGUCUGUUGCUCUUUAGCGCGCACCGGCACAGCCAUCCAAAACAUCACUUAAGUGCGCAAAUUAUCAGCGGAAUCGACCUUGCUAUUGUUUUUGUCCCCGGAAACCUGCUGCUGGUUCAGCGGAAGGAUACCCUGACCCAUUUCAAACAUUGUAACGUGCCAUUGAGACAUUUUCCCGUCUGCUGGUCAGAAGUUCUACGGAACCUGGGUCCCACGUUUCUUGGGUUCCAGAACCUAGAAUUGUUACACAACCCCCCCUCCCAUCGCCAAACUUUGACACAGGAACCAGAGCCUCCUGCUGGACAGGUAAAACUGAGGCGCCCGUCUCACAGGACUUGGGAUGCCGAUUGCCAAUCACAGGAGGGACCAUACAGCCUCAAAAGUCACAUGACCGAGGCAGGAAACUAACUUAUUCAUCUGGUGGUCACAGAGGCUGGUGCAUCCCAAAAGUCACCAGGCAGUUUCACCGUUAUAACAGACUACCAGACAUCUAGAACAGGACCUCCGAGUAAUGGGUUGUUACCUGCCAAAGUGGUUAAGCUGGUUCUAACGAAGCUUAUAUCAGUCCAGAAAUGAGCAUAUGUACACCAUUAGAGUUAAAUGUACACAGCAGGAGCUGGUUUUACAGUGUGUAACAGCGUUAUUGUGUUCUGCUCUGCGUGUUAUCCUGUUUCUGCAUCUCUCUGGGAGGCUACUGUGGACCGGCAGACAGUCUAAUGGGUUAUAAAUCACCCGUCUCUCAAAACAGAGCCAGGAAAAGGUAC